AUGUCAUCCGUGAACAGCACAACAACACUUGUCAAUGCAUCUUCGGCGUCUUUGCUGUAUUUCACAUCUGAUCUUCACACUCUUUUAAUUUCAAACUCAAACUAUGUCGUGUUAAAUCAAAAUCCAGUAUUCUGUUUUUAUUGGAAAAAGGACUCGGACUUUCUGAAUGGAACCAUUGUGAGUGAAAUUGGAUUAAAAUCUCCUAAUCAACAACAAAAGAAUAUUAUUGCAAUAUCAUUGGGAGUGCCCGAUUAUAUUGUAGCAAAAUCGAGUUAUCCAUUAACUCCUUUAGUAGAUGUAUUUGUUUUUGAUGAUUAUACUGCUUAUGAUAUGUUUUACAAGGAAAACGAUACGGAUGUGACAAGCGCAACAACAAGUGACAUUUUUCACAAAGCUAAAAACGAUACUCUGUUUGGAGGUGUCAAUAAUUUGAAAGUGACAAAUACGUACGAGAAAGAGUUUGGAGAUCAAGUGAUUUUGAAAGUUGUUGAAUUUACACGACCCAAAAACACUUCCGAUUAUACACAUGACGUUUUAUUUCCAUUGAAAAAGAAUGAUCGAGGAAUUAUGUUUUUAAAUUUUGCAAUUUGGAAGACAUCUGUAGAUUCUCUUGAUAUUUUCAGUAAUUUUGAAAUUGAUCCAUCCAACACUGGUUAUGGAUGGUUUGAAUUUCAAUCCAUUUAUUACUAUCCAAUUUCAUCAACACUGCAAGGUUUAAGAAUUGUUCAUGGCAUAUUGAUGGUCAUUGGAUUUUCCUUAUUAUUCAUUGCUUCCAUGCUCAUUGUGAGACACUCACACCGUUUCAUCUCCAAACGUAAAGGAAUUGUCAUCCAUGCAACUCUAUCCAUCAUUGCAGUUGUUUGCAUUCUCAUUGCAUUUGCAUUAUCUAUUGCCGCUUGUUCCAUUUCAACCAAUCGACAUUUUGACAGCAUUCACAAAUGGAUUGGACUCUUUGUGGUGAUCUUUAUUGUACUUUAUCAAUUACCAUUCUCUGGACCAUUUACUUUUAUUUACAAUUUUAUAUUCAUCAAGAAGAAAUCUUCUUCAUCCAAGCAUCCAAACGAAGAUUCACACACUGAAGAGACAGAGAGUUUUCUAUCAAAGACUGAGAAUACUAAAAAGUUCAUUGGAGAUGUUGCCUCUUUCACACAUGUAUGGGGAGGGAGAAUAUUAAUUGGUGCAGGAUGUCUGAAUCUUUACUUUGGAAUUCAUGGAAUUUAUGCUCCCUAUCCUUGGUUCAUUGGCAUUAGCGUUUUCUUGGCGUUGAUUCUAUUGUUCAUGUUGUUGGCUGAAUGUUUAACUCCAAAACAAGUGAAAAGGUUGACCAAGGGAAAGUUCAAAAAACUAUUUGGAGCCAAUAAUGAUUAA